AUGUGGGUUGUGGAUGUGGGUGUAGGUGUGGACGCGGGUGUAGGUGUGGAUGCGGGUGUAGAUGUGGACGUGGGUGCAGGUGUGGACCCGGGUGUAGGUGUGGACGUGGAUGUAAGUGUGGAUGUGGGUGUAGGUGUAGACACGGGUGUAGGUGUGGACGCGGGUGUAGGUGUGGACGUGGGUGCAGGUGUGGACCCGGGUGUAGGUGUGGACGCGGGUGUAGGUGUGGAGGCGGGUGUAGGUGUGGACGCGGGUGCAGGUGUGGACCCGGGUGUAGGUGUGGACGCGGGUGCAGGUGUGGACGUGGAUGUAAGUGUGGAUGUGGGUGUAGGUGUGGACGCGGGUGUAGGUGUGGACGCGGGUGCAGGUGUGGAUGUGGAUGUAGGUGUGGACGUGGAUGUAAGUGUGGAUGUGGGUGUAGGUGUAGACACGGGUGUAGGUGUGGACGCGGGUGUAGGUGUGGACGUGGGUGCAGGUGUGGACGCGGGUGUAGGUGUGGAGGCGGGUGUAGGUGUGGACGCGGGUGCAGGUGUGGACCCGGGUGUAGGUGUGGACGCGGGUGCAGGUGUGGACGUGGAUGUAAGUGUGGAUGUGGGUGUAGGUGUGGACGCGGGUGUAGGUGUGGACGCGGGUGUAGGUGUGGACGCGGGUGUAGGUGUGGAGGCGGGUGCAGGUGUGGACCCGGGUGUAGGUGUGGACGCGGGUGCAGGUGUGGACGUGGAUGUAAGUGUGGAUGUGGGUGUAGGUGUGGACGCGGGUGUAGGUGUGGAUGCGGGUGUAGAUGUGGACGUGGGUGCAGGUGUAGAUGCAGGUGUAGGUGUGGACGUGGAUGUAAGUGUGGAUGUGGGUGUAGGUGUAGACACGGGUGUAGGUGUGGACGCGGGUGUAGGUGUGGACGUGGGUGCAGGUGUGGACCCGGGUGUAGGUGUGGACGCGGGUGUAGGUGUGGAGGCGGGUGCAGGUGUGGACACCUGCAUAGGUGUGGACAUAAGUAGAAGCAGAUGA